AUGUACACGGAGAAGCUGAACCUGAGCUCGGAAAACGAGAAAAUCACGAGUCUCGACUUCCAGCCGUCUUCCACCGUCAACCGGCUGGCCAUCUCUAGUCUGCACCAGAUCAAAAUUUAUCACAUCCCUGUGUAUGAUGGAAAUCCUGGAAGUAAGAUAAACCUCGAGCUUCUCUUCAUAAGCAAUGAUCAUAACCUGGUUUAUAUUAACACCAUCCGAUGGAGCUUCAACGGGCAGUACUUGGCCACUUGCGACAGCGGGGGGACCCUGGUAUGCUACGAGAUGGACUCCAACAAGAAUGGAAAAAUACCAGGGGAGGAAAUUAACCACUUGACCAAUGAAGGAACCACAAAAUGCACACCAGGAAAUACAUGCACAGGAGGAAGUAUAUACACCGUAGGAAAUACAUGCACCGUAGGAAGUAUGUGCACCGUAGAAAGUAUGUGCACCAUAGGAAGUGUAUGCACCCCAGGAAAUAGCAAUAAUAAAGAAGACUGGAAAAUCACGAGGUAUAUCAAAAUUCUGGAGAGUGGAGAAAUCUUUGACUUAGCCUGGUCAAGGGACAAUGAACAUGUGGUGUGUGGAGUGUCUAAAGGUAUGGUCUACAUUUUUAACCUGAAGAAGUCCUACAUUUCACAUAAGCUGUUUGUUAAAGGGACGAGGGAAAACAUCAAGGGGGUGUCGUUUCAUCCGACGAACAACUCCAUCAUCGCACAGAGCAGUGACAAUAUUGUAUGUCUGUGGAGAAAAAUAAACGCUUAUCCUGACCAGACGAACUUGUUAUUGAUAUGUGCUGGACAGAGCAAAAGGGGUUCGGAGAAAGAAGAAAAAGAUACUUCCUCCUCUCAGCAAAACGAGUGCACAGGUACAACCCAAGGAGAGUUUCCUCAUUCGAAAGCAAUCACAGGGGAGCAUUUUGAAUGCUUAUAUGAAGAAAAGAUGAACCAGAAUUAUAAAAAUAUUGACACUCCAACUAUAAGACACAUCUACUUUGAUAGCUUCGGCAAGUAUGCCACUAUCACACACAUUCCUAAUGACGGACGGAAUUGUGGCGUCCUCCUUAAAGUUAAGAACAGUGAGCAGAUAAACAAGAAGAGGCUCUUCCUUGAUGGACAUGGGAGCUGUAUUAGGGUGGCCAAAAUUGGUCAGAAGGUUUUCAUUGAUCGAAGGAGACAGAAAUUGUAUAGCUUGUAUUGCCAGUGCAGUGAUAAUGGGCUCAUCUCCUUGUGGAAGAUUUUCCUCAAAAGGGUUCAGGACUCGGGCAGGACACCUCCUCCCAAGGGGGACUCCCACGUGGCCCCGGGGGGGCCCCCCUCCGAAGUGGAGGCGCAUCCACAGCAGCGGGAGGGGCAACCACAGCAGCAGGAACAGCCGCUACCGAACCAAUGUGACAGUUCCACUCUGCCCAAAAGCCUCCUAGAAGAACAGACCUGCGCAGUGGACGCAAGUUGGUCCAGCAUGUCCGACCAACUGGUCAUUGGAGCGUCCAACGGGUCCGUCUACAUCGUGCAGAUAAACGUCCAGGCGUUGAGGCUGAAGCCAUUUUACAACCACGUGCUGCUCGAGAUUAACGAAAUUAGGCUAAAGUGCGACAGAGACGAUGUAACAGACAUCGCACAGCAGAGCAGCGCCAAAGUUAUGUCCGGAAAAGAAAAUGUAGAAAAGAAACCCCGGAACAGAAUAACUCCAAAAAUAAAGUACCUCUACGAUGAAGAUGGAAACAUUGUCGAAAACGCAAAAUCGCAUGAGGUGAUUCACAUUUUACACUGCGAGGUUUGUACUUACCACGUGGAUCUCCACCGUUACUUUUGGGGUAGUAGCAAAAGGGGAACUCCUUUGCGGGGGGGUCCCCUUUUCGGAGAGCGAAAGGGUGAUAGCAGCCCUGUCAGCUACACCUUCAACUUUCCCUCCUUCGUGAAAUCCUUCCUUUGCGCCGUUCUUAAAUGCGUCGAGUUUGUACUCAGGAGACUGCUGCCCCUGUGGGAGACACUCGCGGCGGCCGAGGAACCACCCCAGGAGGUUAGUAGUCAGCGGGGUAGGAGCGCCACAAGCAACCAGAGCGGCGGGGGUAGUCGCUCGAGUAACGGUAUGAGCGCUUCUGUCCGUAGCGGCGGUGGGGGGGGAGGCAGCGGAACGGUUGGCAGUGGCAACGGCGGCGACCACGGGGAUGACAGGGAUUGGGACAAGGGAAAUGACGCCAAGGGGGAGGAGAACAACGAGAAUGAUGAUGACGAGAAUGAUGAUGACGAGAAUGAUGAUGACGAGGAUGAUGAUGACGAGGAUGAUGAUGACGAGGAUGAUGAUGACGAGGAUGAUGAUGAAAACGGUAAGGAGGACACCCACAGGGAUAAUGUCACCCAAGAGGAUGACACCCAAAAGGAUAAUGACAUCCACAUGGAUAAUGCCUUCCACAUGGAUAAUGCCUUCCACAUGGAUAAUGCCUUCCACAUGGAUAAUGCCUUCCACAUGGAUAAUGCCUUCCACAUGGAUAAUGCCUUCCACAUGGAUAAUGCCUUCCACAUGGAUAAUGCCUUCCACAUGGAUAAUGCCUUCCACAUGGAUAAUGCCUUCCACAUGGAUAAUGCCUUCCACAUGGAUAAUGCCUUCCACAUGGAUAAUGCCUUCCACAUGGAUAAUGCCUUCCACAUGGAUAAUGCCUUCCACGUGGAUAAUGCCUUCCACGUGGAUAGUAACCCCCGCGGUAGCAACAGCCACAGAAGCAACAGCCAGAGUCACAGCAGCCACAGCGGCAACAGUCGAAGCGUCCCCCCCAAGAGUGCAGCAGAAGCAUCGAAUGAUGGCAAGAAAAAUGGCAAGCAGAACAAAGGAAAGGAAAAAAGCAAAGACAAGACAAAAACGAAAGCAAAAACUAAAGUAAAAAGCGUUAAAGAAAAAAAGACAAAGAAUAAAAGCUGCAGGGAGAAGAAAGGGAGCGAGCUCAACAAAGGUAACAGCGACAUCGGCCACUACCUCAUUGGCAGUGGAAAUUUUAACAUUAUCGAUGUGGAAUAUCUUAAUGAGGGAAAUGAAGAUAAGAACACUAGCGGCUACAACCACGGCUACAACGGCUACAGCAACAGAGAGCGUCGACCACCCCCUUCAUACGUCGAAAAUGAUGACAGCAGCAGCAGGGCUUCCCCUAUGAACUCCCCCAAUGCCGAUGAGUCAAUGGAGGAGACGAGCAAAAAUAUUGACUUAAAGAUUUUGGACUUGAUUAGAAACAAUUACAAUAAAGAUAGUUACACUUCUGCAACGAUACCUCUUCUGCAUCAUGAUAUCUGCGGGAUCUCUCGGAUGGAGGACUCUGAUGAGAAGAACAGUUUCGUGAACAAACUGGAUGGGAGUUCCAUGCACCUGGUGAUGGACGGAGGGGGGAGUGUGAUCCUCUCAGAUUUGAAGGGAAAUGAAGACGGGAAAAAACAUAAAGUGAAGAAGGAUGGCUGCGUUACCAGCAAGAAGGACACGAAGAAGAAGGGUGCCAAGGGGGGCGAGGGGAAGAAGAGCGUUAAGAAGGAUCGAAAGGAGGGCACCAAAGAGGGAAAGAAGAGGCCCAAAAAGGGGAAAGCAGCUGCAGCAGGGGUGGGAACGGCCAACGGGACAGCCGACGGGACAGCCGACGGAAUCUCUCUGCGCGAAGAGGAGGAGACCAAGGCAGCAAUGGAAGUAAUGGCAGCAAUGGCAGCCAUUGCGGCAACGUUGGAGCCACAGGCAGAGCGCCCACCGGAGCAACCCAAACGGGAGUCUCCAGCAGACGCGAUUAUGCAACCGACGGAGAACUUCACUGGGGCCCCGCCGGGAGGAAUGGCGCAAGGGGUAGCGGAGAAGUGUACGCCAAAGUCAAAGAAAGAGGCAAAGAAGGAAGCCAAAAAGGAGGCAAAAAGAAAAGCCAAAAAGGGAGAAAAAGACAAAAGCGAAAAUGGAGGUGAAGACAAAGCGAUCGAACACACGGGCGGUCCAGUGGAGAACAAGGGGGACAUCCAGGACGACGGCAAGAGGGAGGAUUUGAAAGAGGACGCACUGGGUGGAGUGUGCAGUGAAGAGAGGGAAGCUAAGGAAGCAAAAAAAAAGGCAAAAAGGGAAGCCAAGAAGGAAGCAAAAAGGGAAGCCAAAAGGGAGGCGAAAAGGGAGGCCAAGAGAGAGGCAAAGAAACACCCCAGCGGAGAUACCAGCGCGAAAAAAAAGAAGAAGUCUAAGAAACGGAAAAGCGGCAACGACUCCGACAUGGAGUGGCAGAAUUUCAACCCUCACGUGGAGCUCUGCUACCAGGAGGAAGCGCAGCCCGUAACCGAAGGGGCACCAGGAGGAAGGAAGGAAAUCAUGGAUCAAUAUAGUAUACAAAAAAUAGAAACGCAUAAAGAUAAAAAUAUGAUUAACGAAUUUUGUUCUUACAAUGAUGUGAACGUUCGAGAGUUUCCCAGAUGCAACGAGGUUAAGGGAAACUACACCAGUGAAAGUCCUGAGUGGUGCCCCAACCAGGAUCGGACAAGCGAGACGGACAAAUAUGGGAUGCAACUGCAAGGGGGAGAGUUAGCAGAACCAUGUGAGCCGAUUGAGGAAGACGGUGUAGUGCCGAACCCGUGGCUGGAGGAUGGCGAGGUGGCACCCAGUGAGAGGAACAAUGAUAUGUGCUCAGGUCAAGAUCAAGGCAGUGACGGCUACAGUGGGGGGGCGUAUAGCGGUGAAUGCGAUGAAUCCGGUGAAUCCGGUGAUGAGUGCAUGGACGCGCGUAGCGUAGUGAAUAAUGAUGACGACAGAGACAGUCGCUUCGGAGACGUUUUUGAGAAUCCCCGUGAUGCGGAUAACAGCACGGACCAGGAAAGAAAAGCAAUGCAUAAGCGAAGCUUCGAAAGGACGAGUGAAUACAAUUCAGAUGAACUUAGCGAGAGGGAACCUCCAAACAAAAAAGGCAAAGUGGAAGCAGGGAUUUUUUAUUUGGAUGGGAUCUCAGAUCAGAGGGUUUACAAUGCGCCAAUGAAGACAGACAUCAUAGAGAUUGGUUAUUCUGGAGAAGAGGAAGACACACGGGUGCGCGAUGCGUUCGGUGGUCCAGCUAGAAUGGACACAGACAAAGUGAAGAAGCCUUUGGAAGAGGCAGUCCAUGUGGGUCAAAGGGGAGAAGAAGGAGACGAUGAAGAGGGAGAGGAGUCGGAUGUGGACGAUUCUGAGGGCGAAGAAGGUAACGGCGUGGGGGCUCGAGGAAUAAUCUCGCAUGGGCGAGUCGUGCAGGAGGUGCCCCACAUGGGGAUGCAGUCUCUGUCUAAGCGGCCGCAGCUGUACGACGAAGUGGACGGGGUGAAGAACGACACCGAGAUUGAAGUCAAACAGAUCGAAGAGGAUUCUCUCGAGACGGAGGAGCAUCAGAGUUGCCCUGAGAAGGAAGGCACAGAGCAAGAGGAGACAGUUCCCUACGGGGUAAAGAAGGAAAAACAUGACGAAGAAGAUGCCAGCGUAAGCGGCCUAAAUGUGAACACAUGGAAGAGAUACACAACCGACAUAGUAAAGAAGAGCGGUAGUAAGAGGAGCCCAACUGAGGUGUUGAUGAAAAUAAUCAGACGGGGUCGCGCAUCCAAGAGGAAUCACCUCCACGGGGAAAGCAGCUGGAACAAUGUGGGGGCCGCCUCCGGAAGAGAGGAAGACGCGUCGAGCAGAGAGGAAGACGGAGGGGCCACCUACAGUGAUGCAAUAAACGGAAGCAACUGCAGUGCCGAGGAACAAAGUAACUUUGAACAAAGGAGAGACCGAAACGAUAGAGACCAUGUGCACGUCGAGGAGUACAAAAAUAAGAUAUUCUUCUUUGACAGUAGAAGAGAGAAUUGUGUCAUCUGCUGCAUGUUGGGCGAUGACAUUGCCAAUCCCAUAGGCCAUGCUACCCAUGCCGUGAGGAAAAAGAAACCCUUUUACUUACUGUGGGAAGAUGAAGUGGAAGGAAAACUGAUCAGACAACUCCUCUUUGAGGAUCACCUUUUCGUAGUAACAUCACAAAAAGGGUUGUGCCUCCUUAACGUGUUUCAUAUAGAAAGUAGAUUGGUGAUUUAUAAUGUUGUCCUCCCAUUGAAGACAGGCAUGUGUGACAUCUGUAUCAUAAACAUCUUUCGCGUGGGGAUGGAUACGUAUACCUUCUUUUAUCUCUAUGACUGUAAGAAGAGUUACUACAUUUACCAGCUAUUCAAUUAUUGCACCGUUUCAUUGUUCUUCCAAUUUGAGACAUCCGAACUGGGGGUCGAAGUACAAAGCAUGAGAAUGAAUCUCAUUGAGAGACUGACCAAGGGUGGUGCUACCCACGGGGGGGGGAAGAAGAAGAGGAAGAAACGUCUGAGGAGUUUUGCGAGGUAUAUGCUAGGCCAGCAGGGAAAGGGUGACGUGGUUAGCGGCAAAGGGGGAAGUGCCCUAAACGGCUUCCUCAAAAAGUCCAACAGGAAGACAAAGAUGAAAAGGAAGACAAAGACAGAGACGAAAACGAAGACGAAAAACAUGACAAAAACAAAGACAAAAAAGAUGACGAAAACGAAGACGAGGCCCAGUUGCGACACCGUCCCCAAGGGAGGAAUGGCCGAGAAUGAAGAAAAAGAAAAGGAGAAGAACAUUCAGAAGUUAAUAAAAUAUAUGACCUUUUAUGAAUACUCCAGAAAGAGUAAGCACGAAGGGGAAGAUUCACAGAAAGUCAAUCCCAAGUGGAUAGAAUUUUCCGCUACGGUAGGGGGGAUAAAAAGGGAGAAAGCUUCCUGGGGAAGGGACACUUCCCCGUUUUGCAUCUGGGAAAAUGCGGAUGGGGCAGGAGACCGGAUGGGCGUUAAGACCUACCGGGAGGGGGUGACCAUGAGGGGGCUCUCAGGCGAGGCUCAUUACGAGAACUGUCCGAACAGCGAGAGUAGAGGAGGUAUUGGCGGUAUUGGCGAUAUCGACCGUAUGGGCGGCAUCGGCGGGGUGGGCCCCCCUGCGGAGAACCACCUCGCCUUGGGAAGCGACAGCGCCUACUUCGGGGGCACCAAGUGGGCGGGCGAAAUGGACAUGCCUUCCUUCCUCUCCCCCUCAAACGGAUCGGACCUAUGGACUCGUUACCCCAUGCACCUCUUAGCAAAACACCGAUCAGAAGAACACCGCGCAAUGGAUGACCAGAAUGGGAGGAACUGGCUGCACCCCACCAAGAGGAAAACACACAUGGACGACGCGUUUGACAGUGACAUACACGGGAGUGACCUUUUGUACGAUUUGAUUUACAGCAAGGGGAGCUUCCUCUACAGCUACAUGUGUAUUUUUGUAUACUUAAAGAAUGGCAUGAUUUUUCUCCUGCGGAGGAACUUGAUUGGGAAAGGGGGGAAGGCGAGGGCUUCCCAGAUGGGGAACCCCUCGGGGAGCCACGUGACUGCCCUCUCGCUAACCAAGCAAGUGUACCGUGAUGACGGGGUGACCCUCGUGUCGCGCCUGGACAAUAUGUACUACGACAGGUCGCUAUACUGUGAUGUGCAGAUGGAGGAGGUGGCCCGUGUGAACGUUAGCAGGGUGGACGUUAGCAGGAUGGACGAUAGCAUCGUGGACGUUAGCGCCGUCGAUGGUGAUAACCUCCUCAGCAGAAACGCCCAUAACGAAGGAGGAAACCCACACAUCAGCACGUGCGACGAUCUGCACGAAAUACAAAAACAGGGACUAAAAAACAUGUAUACAUAUAACUGCUUCUUUAGCGUCUAUGAUUUUGACAUGAAGCAGAUACUCAGGAGUGACGACAUCUUUGGGGAUGUGACGAGGAGGAGAAAGAAGAAGAAGAAGAAGACGAAGAAGAUGAAGAAGACGAAACAGAUGAAGAAGAUGAACAAGGCGAAGAAGACGGGGAAGACAAAGAAGAUGAAAAAAACGGAGAAGAAAAACAGGACCAAAGGGAAACAUCCCCAGGGAGGGAGAGAAGCAGUUAGAGAUGAGCCACUCCAGGAACACUUCUUAGAUGUAAGGAAUGACUCCACUGUCAAGACAGAAACUGAUCUCUUCCCAAACGUAACCCUAGCCCAUGGAAUCUGCUCCAUUUGGAAGGGAGAAAAUUGCCUUUUAAAAGACGUCAAUCAAGAGGACAAUAGGGUGAAACAUUUACCAGGCGAAGUUCAGGGGGAGGGGUUAAACGGCCCCCAUCUGGAGGCUUCCCAGUUGGAGGCUGCUCAGUUGGAGGCUGCAAAUUCGGAAGCUGCCGUCUUCGAGGAUUCCCUCUUCCAGGAAUGUACGCACUUGGGAGCCAACUGUAUGGAGACCCCCCGGCUGGGAAGCGAGGAGGUGCCCUGUGUGAGUCUCCAACUGGGUGAGCCGAAUAGCCAUCCCCACGAGAGCAGUAGUCCCACGACGGGACAUCCCGUUCCCUGGGGCGGCUCCAAUGAGGACCUGUCCGACACGCUAACGAGGCCCCCGGAGGGGGAGGCGCAGUUCGAGUCAGACGACGGGGGAAGGGGCAGCGGGGGAGGCAGCGAAGAUGUCACUGAGGAUGUCAGUGAAGAUGUCAGCCAAAAUGUCAACAAACAUGUCAGUGAAGAUGUCAGCAAACAUGUCAGUGAAGAUGUCAGCAAAGAUGUCCGUGAAGAUGUCAGCAAAGAUGUCAGUGAAGAUGUCAGCAAAGAUGUCCGUGAAGAUGUCAGCAAAGAUGUCAGUGAAGAUGUCUGCGAAAACUUGAGUGGUGGGGACUGCAAAGACUUCACAGGUGCAGAGUGCGAAGAGAUGAAUGGCGUGAUCAACCGCAAGCGUCGGAAGCGUCUGAAGCAUCGCAAGCGGCGCGUGGACACCGCCCUUGGGAAGACCCCUAAUGUGUACCUCAAGACGGUGAAGUUCCUCGAGACGCAAAUGCGUUACAGCAUCUUAGUAAUGAACAAAAGGACCUUUCUGAAAUACCUGCACGUUUAUCUGAAGCUGCUGCUCGACUAUCUGGACGUCCAGAGGAUUCAGCAGAGUUUCCAGUAUUUCACUCACACCGCAUUGUACCACUCGCAAGCUUUCUUGUCCGAUUUAAACAUAUUUUUACAAGGCGUGGACGAACCCUACUGGGUUGAUACCAGUGCCUUAUUGUGCAUGAAUGUGCACUUUCUCUUUUUGGCUCUUUUCAUUUAUCAAAACUUUUUACUGCCCUUAUACAACAGGGUGAGCAGUAAGAAGGACGGCAGCCAGGUGAACCCCCACUUGCAGCCGUUUGUGACCUUCUUCAGGCAGUCGCAAAACUGCAUAUGUCAAAUACAGAGAAUCUUCCAGCGCAACCUUCGUUACAUAGCUUCUUCGUAA